AUGGAGAAAAUGGAGGAGUUUGUAGGGGAAUUUUCAGUGGCUGUAUCUUUUAAGAUGGCGGAAGACAAUUUUAUGUGGGCAUUUGCAGGUAUAUAUGGGCCCAAUGCUGACAACAUUAGAAAACUUUUAUGGGAGGAAAUAGCUGGAAUUUCGAGCUGGUGGGACCUCCCCUGGUGCAUAGGCGGUGACUUUAAUAUCACAAGAUUCCCUAGUGAAAGAUCAGGAAACAGUCAACUAAGUCCAACCAUGACGGAGUUCUCAGAUUGUAUUUUUGAUUUGAACUUGGUGGACCUCCCACUUGUAGGUGGCCCUUUCACAUGGUCCAACAACCAGAUUUACUCUCGACUAGAUAGAUUCCUAAUUUCGCCAGAUUGGGAAUGUCAUUACCUGGAGGUAUCUCAAAAGAGAUUACCACGUCUAUGUUCGGAUCACUUUCCUAUUUUACUGGAUGGAGGUGGUAUUCAAGGUGGUCGGCGUUCUUUUAUGUUUGAAAACAUGUGGCUUAAAAGUGAAGGCUUUGUGGACAAGGUAAGACAUUGGUGGUCUUCUUAUCAGUUUCAUGGCACCCCCUCUUUUAUUCUCGUAGGUAAACUAAAAGCUCUAAAGAACGAUUUAAAGCAUUGGAAUUCUCAAAGUUUUGGAGAUGUGGGAGAACAAAAGCAAACCAUGACCGAGGAGAUUCAGAUUUUUGAUAGAAUCACCGAAGAAAGAGCCCUCACCCCAGAGGAACUUUUACGGAAGACAGAGCUGGUUUUAGAAUUAGAAAGAAUAUUAUCUUUAGAAGAGAUUUCUUGGCGUUAG